AUGACAUCCAACGAUGUCCGCGAUAUGCUGGAUCUCCCCUCCAGUUCCACACCCCGACCCAAAAAAGUGAAGACGAAUGUACAGAGACCGAAAUUGGGGGGACUGGCCAGAGAGGUGCAGAAUCUGGGAGGUGAUAAUCCGAUUGCGAUUGUACCGGAAGAAGCGGUUUUUAAGAAGAAAAGGUUUGGAAGUCGGAAACCGGCUACGAAGUGGGAGGGGAGGGCUUUUAAGAAUAGUGCGAGGGGGGGAGAUGGGCUGGUGCUGAGGCAUUGGAGGAAGGCUGAGGGGAAGGAGAGGGAGAAGGAGAAGAAGAAAGAUGGGGAGGGAGAUACGGAGAUGGGGGAUAAUGGGGAAGAGGGGAAGGAAAAUGAAGAGGAUACAAUUGAGGAUUCUACUUUCGCAAAGUAUAAUGUGAGGGUCCAGAUACCGACUUAUAACGACGAGGAAUAUAAGGAAAUUCUGGAUGACGCUGAAUGGUCGAGACACGAAACGGAUUAUUUGAUGGGAAUGGUACAGGAAUAUGAUUUAAGAUGGCCAAUUAUAUGGGAUCGAUACGAAUAUAUGCCUCCUGACAUUCCGGAAAACGCCCCAGAAAAUGCGAUUACUACAGCAGGGGAUUCGCUCUUCCGACAUACAAAUCAAAGCAAGCCUUCGAUACUGAGAAAGGUUAGGACUAUGGAGGAUUUGAAAUCCAGAUAUUAUUCAAUAGGUGCGGCUAUGAUGGCGCUGAAGAAUCCUCUCCAUCAGAUGAAUGGUGCGGAAUUCGAUUUACAUCAAAAGAUGUUGAAUUACCAACCUCGACAAGAGAAACAUAGGAAAGAUUUCCUCGAAGGAGUCUUCACGCGUACGAAGGAAGAAGCUCGAGAAGAAGAAAGUCUUAUAGUGGAACUCAAACGUAUCUUGGCCCGCUCUGAGAAAUUCAUGGAAGAACGAAAAGAGCUCUACGCAAGACUUGAUACUCCUCAAAGUAGUUCUAAUAUCAGCCCUUACACCACUAGUCAAGGUUUGAACCAACUUUUACAACAACUCAUGACCGCUGAUAAAAGCAAGAAGAGAAAGACAAUUCCGGAAGGUCAGACACCAGGUGGUACAACUCCUGCCGGUGCUAAUACGCCAGGUGGAUAUAACGAUCGAAGGGAUUCCAAUGUUCGAGAAUCGAUUGCCGGUCCAUCGGGUACCGCUGGCAAUUCAUCAGCCGUGGGUCAUAAAAAAGGAAGUCUAUCAAACUCCACUCAAAAUCCCUCGGAUCGUCGCAGACUUAGUGAAGAAGAAGAAAAGGUCUAUGGUGUUACACAUCAUGACCGUCUACAAGGAGGGCCACAUUUCCGUGGUGAGAAAUUGGUCAGGCCUCUCACCACAAAGAGUACUAUUCAACAAGGACGCAUAAAAAAUACAUUGGCCGAAUUGGGUAUUGGUGAGAAAGCUACGAUGGCUACGACGGAUGUGGCGAAUGGAUAUGACGAAUUACUCAAGAGUAUUGGAAUUCUAUUGGAUAGUAGGAAGGUGGUCGAUAAGUUGGCUGGGGAAAUCGCGAUUGUGACGGAACAGUUGGAGGAGAAGAAGAGGAGGAAGGCGAGGAGUAUGGGAGGGAUGGAUGGUGCUGGGGAUGAGAGGGAAGGUGGGGGGGAGAAGGAAGAUGGAAAUGAAAAUGAUAAUGAGGAGAUAGAAAAAGAACGUGAGGGAGAAAGCGAAGUGAUUACGGUCAGAAUGUCGAAUACAGAGCGGGGAGAUGAAAUGAGUGAAGAUUUGGAUGGAAAGGAGAAAGAGGGUGGAGAUGGAGAUGCGGAGGGUAAUGAUGGCGGUGAUGAUGAUGGCAAGGCUGCGCUUGCUCAAAAAAGGAGUGCAAGUGUGUUGAGUAUGGAUAGUAAUAAGAGUUUGAAGAGGCAGAAGAAAUAG